AAAAAAAAAAGAAUCUUUACCAGUAUCUUUGACACCCUAAAAGACAAAUCAGCACCAGAAUCGGAAGGAUCAUCGUGCUUGUGUUGUGUUGGGUUUGAAUUUUGAAGUAACCGGAAGCUUCGACCACCUCAUCACAGUUGCACCUCUCAAAUCUUCUUGGUGCAGUGGGAUAUAGCUAUGGAAGAUAAAGAUGAAGAGUUGGCAAUGCCAAGGGAUGCAAAGACUGUAAAGUCUUUGUUGAAAUCUAUGGGUGUGGAAGACUACGAACCUCGGGUUAUACACAAGUUUCUCGAGCUAUGGUAUCGCUAUGUUGUUGAUGUGUUAACAGAUGCCCAAGUGUAUUCAGAGCAUGCUAGCAAGUCUGCAAUUGAUUGUGAUGAUGUUAAGCUUGCCAUUCAAUCCAAGGUUAACUUCAGCUUCUCGCAGCCACCCCCUCGGGAGGUGCUUCUGGAGCUGGCACAAAACCGCAACAAGAUACCGUUACCAAAGUCUAUAUCAGGACCUGGUGUUCCACUUCCACCUGAUCAGGACACAUUACUGAAUCCAAACUACCAGUUUGCAAUUCCAAACAAAAGGCCUGCUGAACCUAUAGAAGAAACAGAGGAUGAAGAAGCUACCGAUGCCAAUCCUAACCCAUCACAAGAAGAGAAGACAGACGCGCAACAAAAUCCCCAUCAAAGAGUGUCAUUUCCCUUGCCUAAACGCCAAAAGGAUUGAGUUCAAGUCCGAUAUGUCACUGAUGCUUAAUUAGUCUAAAGCUCAUAGGCGAUGGUUAUACUGAAGUGGUUGUAACAAUGUGUGUUUUAGAGUAUAUGGAUCACCCCACCCGUAUAAUGACAAUUUAUGUAAUUUUAUUAAUUAUUAUUAUUGUGAAGUGACUCAACUUUAGGAAUUUACAAAAUA